CACUCUGUAAGCUUUGUUUGUCUCUCAUCCAAGAGACAACUACAAAACCCAGUUCUUUUAAAAGCUCAGUUUUCUUUUCAACAAAAGAAAAUUAGAGAACACAGAUACUCUGAAAGCUCUGUUUCAACCCUCAAUCCUCAGAAAAUAAUUCUAAAAUUUCGAACUUGUUGACUUUAGAAGCCUCUAUGAUUCUUAUAUAUGCACCCCAUCCAUUCUGUACUCCUCAAAAAACCUGCUUGUAUGCUCACUCUUCCAUAUACUACAUAAGAUCCUUCUGAUUUUGAUCUCUUCCUCUGCUUUUCUGGGUUCCAACAGGCCCAUAAGGCAAUCUUUCUUUCUCUACCUGAAAUUCAUCUCAUUCUGAUUGUUGGGUUCUUUGAAUUGAGCCUAUUCUUUCUCUCUCUACCUUAAAUUGCCUCAACAUCAUCUGUUUCAGCAUUUUGGGUCUUCAGAAUUUUACUCUGGGAUUCUUUUGGUACCAUUAUCUGUUAUAGUGAGAGAGUAAACCACAUUCUUUGAUCAGUCAUAACUUCAUCUCUCUCUCUCUCUUGCUAUCGUUGAAUUCAUGGAGAACACUCAUGAAACCAAGUUUGAGCUCAUGGUGAAGAAGGAGGAACCAACUCUGGUUCCACCAGUUGAGGAGAGAGAAAAGGACCUGUAUUUUUUGUCAAAUUUAGAUCAGAACAUUGCUGUAAUUGUCCAAACAGUUUACUGUUUCAAAGAUGAGAAUAAGGGGAAUGAAACAGCAAGCCAAGUAAUAAAAGAAGCAUUGGCCAAGAUUUUGGUUGAUUACUAUCCAUUAGCUGGGAGGUUAACUAUCAGUUCAGAAGGCAAGCUUAUUGUGGAUUGUAGUGGAGAAGGUGCAGUUUUUGUUGAUGCAGUUGCAGACUGUGAAUUGAAGGAUAUUGGAGACAUUACUAAGCCUGAUCCUCUAACUCUUGGGAAGUUGGUAUAUACCAUUCCUGGUGCAAAGAACAUAUUGGAGAUACCCCCUCUGGUUGCACAGGUGACAAGAUUCAAGUGUGGAGGAUUUGUUCUUGGGCUAGCCAUGAAUCACUGCAUGUUUGAUGGAUUGGGUGCAAUGGAGUUUGUGAAUUCAUGGGGAGAAGCAGCAAGAGGCCUUCCCCUCACUAUUAAACCAUUCUUAGACAGAAGCAUUUUGAAAGCCAGAGACCCACCCAAGGUGGAGUUUCCUCACGAUGAAUUUGAAGAGAUCGAAGAUAUAUCAAAGACUCAUGAGCUGUAUCAGCAGGAGAUGCUUUAUAGGUCCUUUUGCUUUGGGCCUGAACAGCUUGAUCACAUCAAGGCCAUGGGCAUGGAGGGGGGAGGACUGGAGAGGUGCACCACAUUUGAGGCUCUCUCUGCAUUUGUAUGGAAAGCGAGAACCAGGGCCCUCCAGCUCCGACCAGAUCAACGGACCAAACUUCUCUUUGCAGUUGAUGGACGGUCCAGAUUCGUUCCCCCACUCCCCAAAGGAUACUUUGGGAAUGGAAUUGUGCUCACAAACUCAGCAUGCAAUGCUGGAGAAAUUCUAGAGAACCCAUUAUCAUUCACUGUUGAAUUGGUCCAAAAGGCAGUGGAUAUGGUUACUGAUAGUUGUAUGAGAUCAGCCAUUGAUUACUUUGAAGUAACAAGAGCUAGGCCUUCUCUCACAGCCACUCUUCUUAUUACUACAUGGUCUAGACUUUCAUUUCACACUACUGAUUUUGGUUGGGGUGAGCCCCAACAAUCAGGGCCGGUGACUUUGCCUGAAAAGGAAGUGAUACUGUUUCUCUCUCAUGGUAGAGAGAGAAAGAGCAUUAACGUUCUACUGGGUUUGCCUGCCUCUGCAAUGAAGACCUUCCAAGACUUGAUGCUAAUGUAGAUUGGGAUUCAAUGUUGGUUAUUUAGGGUCUCUUUUAGGAGUUUGGAUAUUGGAGUGAGUGUGCUGCUUUAUGUUCUAGUUUAUAUAGAGCUUCUCUCUUUCUAUUUC